GAUGUGAGCAGAGCGCACUUUGAGGCUCACGGGAUCGGACACCUGCGGAGAGGAGGAGAGCGACAGCGGCUGGCUGGGGUGGCGGAUUUGUCUGGCUACUGACACCCGAAGUCGUUUAUUUAGCUGCGCAUAGUUUGGAUUGCAGGUGUAAAAUAAUUAAAAAGAGGAGAUGGACCGAAACAUUGGCAUAGAGUUAACAGCGUGUCCGGCUGUAGAAGGACCUGAAGAAAUACACUUUUCUUGUUUUUAAUGUCAGGCUUCACUUGAGGAAAAAAAAUAAAAACAUCAAACUGGAGGCGCCGUACGGAUGUAGCGUGAGCAGUGACAAGUUUAUUUUUUUCUCUACUGGCGUCGUCUCUUUUACCAGUUAAAUCUUAAAACAUCGCGGUUUGUGGGCGGGUGGUGUCCCACCUCACUUUGACAGGAGGUUCCAGUGAACUUUCGGAUUAAAAGAAGAGAGAAGAAGAAGAAAACAAAAAAGUUCGCAAGAAGACACGUUACAUCGCCUACAGCCCGGGGCUCGGGUGGGACACCUCACAAACCCGCCCCGGGGGUCGGAUUUACACCUUUCGUAGUCUCACAACUUUGCACUUGAUUUUGAUGUUUGCAUUGCUAUAAAUGCACAGUUCAUCCCGGGACCUGAUAUCGCGGAGGCACGAUGCAUUUGGGAGCCUUCUUCGUGUCACUGAGCUUCUACUUGACGUUUGCUAGCGCCGAGUCAGACGAAAUCCCAGAGGAGGUUUUUCAAAUUCUCAGAAGCAACACAAUCCACUCCUUUGAGGACCUGCAACAGCUUCUCCAGAUAGACUCCGUAGACGAAGACUCGGAGGCUGAAACCCACCACAACUUAUCUUUUAACAAUACACAGAGUUCAAACUCCAGCUUGGCCAGGAUGACACGCAGCCUUGGGUCCGCAAUCAAUGUAGAGAGAGCCAAGCUGGCAGAAUGCAAAGUUCGCACAGAGGUGAUGGAGCUCACCCGGGGUAUGGUGGACCGGACCAAUGCCAACUUCCUAAUUUGGCCCACAUGUGUGGAAGUGCAGCGCUGCUCAGGCUGCUGUAACACUCGAAAUGUACGCUGCGUGCCAACGCGGGUUCAUCUGCGCCAUCUAAUGGUCCUGAAGAUCGAGUUUACUCAAGGAAAGCAAACCCGGGUAAUGGCUGUUGUGACAGUAGAGGAUCAUCUUGAGUGUCACUGUGAGACAUCCAGUUCCCCAAAUACAGCCCAGGGGCAUUCAAGCCAACAACCCAGUACUACUGGGCAACUCCAGACCAAACAUGUGUCAGAACAUCCUUUUGGAGAGAACUCCAGACAUCUUGUAGAUCCUUCUACAAAGGAUCACGUGGGACAACAUGAUGAACUGGGAUCCCACUCUAGACAUUUUCCUCAACCAACUAUGGGAUCCCACCCCAAACUGAAUCUGGAACCCUCCACAAAGCAUUAUUCGGGACAGAUUUCAACUUCUUUGGAAGGAAGCCACUUUGGACAUUGGUCCAACCACUCUUUGAGAGAUCAUAUCUUAAAUUCCUCAGGACAUUCAAAGUUUAACCACUCAGGACAUUAUUCUGGACAAGUUUCAGAAUCUAAUAUAAGAAGCCACUCUGGUCACCACUCAGACCACUCCAAAGGUAAUACCUCUGGACAGUAUUUGGAUGCAUCGGUGAAGCAGAAUUCCGAGUUAAACUCAUCUCAAAUCAAUCCUCAAGUCUUCCCACGGCAUCCCACAUCUACCACUGUUCAACUGCCCAUCCUGCAUCCAAAUGGCUCUGGGCAAAGUCACUCCAGGGAGCUUUCACGCCCAGUCACAAAGCAACAAUCAACAAGCAUCUCUACCAGGCAACAGAAGGGGGCACCAAAUAAAAGUCAUCACAGGCCUCGUCCAAGCCCAUCCGUGCAGCGACAUCACAGACAGCGCGUGACUCCUGCCAAGAAGCCACCUCUUCCAAAGCACUCACCUGUAUUCACCAAGCGACCAGCGGUAUCUACAGCCACAUCCGCAGGUGUCACCCAGGCAAGAGGAAGGAGGCCUCUAAAAAAGAAACACCACAAGUUUAAACACAUGAUCCAUCAGUCCUCGUUGAAAAACUUGAUGUCUUGAUAAACGUGGGCAGCACAGAGUCACAGGUUCCCCUCGGCUGAUAUUUAAAGAAGUCAAAUCAAUAACUGGUGCUUCAGAUGUGGACAUAAGUUGCUGGGCAGUUCUAUUUUUUUAUUAUGUGUCUGAACACUGCUUGAACACAUUGUUAUAUUAUUGUACUUAAAAAAAGACUUCAUAAUUGUGCUAAUCUUUCCUUUCAGGAGAGAAGUAUUUGUAUAUUUUAACAUUUUUUGUAAAAACAAAAUAUAUAUGAUGAUUAAAAAAAAAGAACUCUGAACUUUGGAAAGUAUUCGAAAUAAUGGAAAUACCAACUAAUGAGCGUCGGCUGUCAGAUGUAGCAAUUGGUGUGGCAGCCUUUCUUGAAGGCAAAUGCCUAAAAUGAGGAAUAAAUAUUUAAAUCUGUUACUGACGUUCUUGAGAUAAAAAUUUAUGGAAACGAUGGCCAUACUUCUACAACCAGAUGACUUCAGAAGAAUUCUGUGUUGUAUUUAGAUUUGCUUAAGAAGCAAAUAAGCUGAUGAAAUAACUGUUCUUUGUAUCGUUGCUUGCAACAUCUACAAGUAUUUUGUGGUUUAUAGGCAAUGACCAACCACUGGGUUACUUUUGGUGUCAGUAAGAACCACGUCUUUUUUACAACACUGAAGAACGUAUGAAUGCUUUUAUUAACUGGAAGUGAUCACUUUAUAGGUCAAAAGGCACAUUUUGAAGAGCUCUUGAAAAGAAAGGGUGGGGAAUAACUGAGGACCUAUUAGAUCAGUUAACAAUUAGAAAGUGAGGGAUCAGUAAGGAGGUUUUUAAUAAUAUACCGUUUUCCUUUACUGUGGUCCAGUGACAGUGAGCAUAACUGGAAUAUGAUCUGUCACGGAGUGAGAUGUUUCCAAUUUGUUUGAGCUGAACCAGCUGAAAUCACCUCUGUUAGCUUAUGACAUCUUAUGACCAAAAAAGUCAAAAAUCUUUUAUAGUGGAUUUACAUUGAACCGUUAUUUUAAUUAGUGAAUCAAUAGGAAAAGGCCUGUAUCUCUGCUAAAUGUUGAUUUCACAAAUACAUUUAUACUAUAACAGAGUUCAGAAAAAUACUUGUUUAUUUUUCAUCUGUCAUUUGACAAUAUUUUUUAAAACCCACUCUAACAUUGGUGACUUCAGCUGGCAUUUUUUUCAUACAGUAAAUAUGUUUUAUAUGUUUUUUUUUUAAUCUCCGGUAUGAACAUGAAUGUUUUUUUUUUUUUUAAUCAUCUCACACACUCGAGGCUGGACCACCUGGAAUCUGAGAUGGCAUACUUAUUUUCUAUUUGCAUUGCAUCAAAAAUUCAUCUUACUUUUGUGCUAAUGUAACAUGAGCAUAACAGGAAUCUUCCCUGUAUUGUGUAAAAAGAAAAAAUGUGUACUACUGAAAAUAUGUUGAAUUCUGUUUAUAUUUAAAUUAUUUAAAUGGGCUGCCUGCCCUCCGUGUUAAAACUUUACCUAUGGCUAAUAUCUUAAUUUUAUUUUUUAACAUUUAUAACAAUAUUAAGUAAUAAAUAAAAUAAUUUUUAAAA